AUGGAUGAAACAGAAGAAACCUCUCCGUUGCCAUUGACAACGAAAGACCUACCAAAAACCCUUCUCUUUCCCUAUUCUCAAAAUAUGAAGAGAAGAUUCCAUGGGACAGAAAAAAAGUUGCAAAUAAAAGUCUACAUUCCUCUAAGUAUCUGUUUAUUGGAUAAAAAUAAGAGUCAAAAUAUAAGUCGGUCAUCAACACAAUCAAAUUUUCGUAAUUCAAUUCAUCUGAAAAAAGACAGACUUCUAUUGACAAUAAAUUCCCUGUUUUCCUGUUCUGCAUUCUUCCUCAUCAAGAAUCGAUAUUUAUAUAUUUAA